AUGGAUGCAGAGGAGAAGUCCCCCGGCGGCCAAGGUGCGCAGAUUCUGGACAUCGGCUCAAACUCGCCCCCUUGUGAGCCUAAAGGUGCGCCAGAGACCGGACAGCUGGAGAAGCCGCCGUAUUCAUACGUGGCUCUCAUCGCCAUGGCCAUCAAGGACAGCGAGAACAAGAGACAGACUCUGAGCGGGAUCUAUCAGUAUAUAGUGUCCAAGUUCCCCUACUACGAGAGGAACAAGAAAGGCUGGCAAAACAGCAUAAGACACAAUUUGUCUCUCAACGAGUGCUUCGUUAAGGUGCCCAGGGACAGCGGAGGGGACAGAAAGGGCAAUUACUGGAUGCUGGACCCCGCAUUUGAGGACAUGUUUGAGAAGGGAAACUACCGACGGCGGAGGAGGGUGCGGAGACCCUACAGACCCCCGAGUGUGCCUUACCUGGGCGGGAAUCCCGUGGAGUACUCUGAGUCGCUCUACCUGCAGCCUUACGUGAGCAGCUCCUGGAGCGUGUGCCAGCCCGGCUCGACCCAGCCUACGGGAUAUCCGUCAGCUCCGGUCAUCACGGGACACAGCCGCAGCGUGUCUCCGGGUACCUCUAUGAGCUCCUACUGCACCCCUCCUCCCCACUUUCACCAUACUCACUACGGCGCUUACCACCGCCACCCGCCCGUGCUGGUCCCCCACAACGGGUAUCCUUACGGCGGGGUGACUCAACCGAUGAGCCCGGAUGGAGGCACCGUUUCCGUGGCUUGCAGCUACCAGCAGUUCACCUCCUACGGCAGACCAGCGGACCCAGCCCUGGCUUAUUUAAUGGACCAGUAG